AUGAAGAGCCUCUCCUCACUUUUUCCCUGCUUGCAGGCGCGGAAACUCCGUCGUCAGCGACGACAGGACUACCAUGCCUCAUGGACGUGUGCUGGCAUCGCGGAUCUCGCGCAGACCUCGGAGCCUGAUGCAUACGAACACGAGAAGAAGUACCACUACAAGUACGCAGCGCAGUCAACGGAGAUCUCGGCCCUCCCAGAUCAGCCCCAAGAAGCCGCCACCCAGCCCAUACAGACCACCUCCUCCAUUCGCAUCGUCAGCCCCGAAGACUCUGAGUGCUCAACCCUGGACCCUGAUGACCAACCCCAGGGCCAGGACUUUUCUGCGAAGCAGACCAACACUCUCUCUGACGAGGAAACCGACGUCGAAUGUAGCCCUAAAUUACCACAGAGGGUGAUUAACAUGACUGUCGGGCCUCAGAGUGAAACCCCCGUCUUGCCCAAAAGCAAAGACGACAUCGACCUCGAGCUGUCCAGCCGGCGCAUUCCCCGGAGCCCGGACAAGAAGCCCCGUCCCGCCAGCAUGGACGUGCCUCCGAGUGCCGUCGCCAAGCUGCCGGAGAUCAAGAGCCGGAUCAUCGAAGAUAUCCCCGAGGAUGUCGAAGAAGAGGACAAGCAAGACGCAAACACCGCUGCAGCCGAGGACGAGCAGGAAAAGCCCGCCAAACGUUCCUCCGCCUGGCGUCUAAGCCAACGCAAGUCCAUGAUCGAGAUCUUCAACCUCCUCCAAUCGACCGCCGCGGCCGUGGCCUCAGCCCCCAAACGAUCCAACAUCCGGCUGCCAAGAUCUCUACGUCCUUCUCCAGCACCCGAGCCCUCCUCUUCCGACGCGACAUCCUGUUCAUCCCCCCGUCCACCCACUCCCCCGCCCAAAUCUCCCACUCUCGCCUCAGUCGAGCACUUCUCCAGCUCCGCACCCCCCACCACAACCCUGACAACCCCCAGCUCCAGUCCCACCAAGAAACAACGUCGUAUGGGCACCGCCGUGUUUCCUCUUCCCAGCCAAUGGCCCGACAGUCAUGAAGACAUUACCCGCAUCAACACCAGCAACCAGACCCUUUUUCACUAG